AUGCGCGUCCUCAUACCUACCUGGGUCCUGCGGGUUCCGACCCUACGAACGCAGUCUGGACUGGUCCUCGGGUCUCCCCUCCCCUCUCUCGGCCUCGCUGCCCGCAUCACCUCAGUGUUCUCAGUUUCCGCCGGUCCUGGGGGACCCCAGACUCACCCCAAUUCCCACGGCCCUUCCCCCACCCACGCGGUGCCUUCUGGGGGCGCGCACCUGCGAACUGGUCCGCAGCCCUCCAGCCCCGCUGGCUGCUUGUCCCCGGAGGGGAUGCGACGGGCAGGUGUCUCCCAUCAAAAUUCAAGGAAGCACAUAAAUGAAAGUUUUCCAGGAGAUUUCAUUCUCAUGGGCUUUACCAAAUAUCCAUGGUUGGAUUUUCCUCUCUUCUUUGCCCUCCUAAUCUCCUACAGGUUCACACUGUUGGGAAACAUUGCUAUUAUUCUGGUCUCUCAACUAGAUUCCCAACUCCAAAGUCCUAUGUAUUUCUUUCUCACAAGCCUCUCCUUUUUGGAUCUCUGUUUCACCACCACGACUGUACCCCAAAUGCUGUUCAGCUUAGGGGGGCCUAACAAGAACAUCACUUAUAUAGGCUGUAUGACCCAGGCCUAUGUGUUUCACUGGCUAGGCUGUGCUGAAUGUGUCCUGCUUGGAAGCAUGACCUUAGACCGAUAUGUAGCUGUGUGUAAGCCUCUGAGAUACUCACUAAUCAUGAACCACAAGCUCUGCCGGCAGCUCUCCAAUGCUGCUUGGCUCAUAGGUCUGGCCAAUUCACUACUGCAGUCCACACUCACAGUCCAGCUGCCCCUGUGUGGGAACCAGGAAUUGGACAACUUCUUUUGUGAGCUGCCUGGUCUAAUUAAGAUGGCUUGCGUGGACACCACAGUCAAUGAGCUCACUUUAGCGGUGGUGGCCACCUUCCUGAUAAUGGGUCCCCUCUCCAUGAUUCUUGUUUCUUACAGUUAUAUUGCCCAAGCUGUAUUUCGAAUCCCUUCUGCUGAUGGGAGACUUAAGGCCUUCAACACUUGUUCAUCACACUUACUGGUGGUGUCUUUAUUUUAUGGGCCUGGCAUCUACAUCUAUAUGCAGCCCUCAGGGGACAGCCCUCAAGACCUUAUCAAAGUUCUGACACUGUUUUACUGUGUUAUUACUUCCGUGGCCAACCCAUUCAUCCACACCUUGAGGAACAAGGAUGUUAAAGGAGCUUUGAGGACACUUCUGAGGAGGGCCAUUUUGUCCAAGAGAAUGUGA